GUGAUGAUGAUGAUGAUGAAGAUGGUGAUGAUGAUGGUGAUGAUGAUGAUGAUGAUAGCCCCCCCUCCUCUCCAGUCAAGCUGUGGGGGAAGGUCAGUGAGAGUUUGGGGAAGAUCUGCUGCGUCCGUCCUCACAUCGAUCGCUUCACGUUCGUCGAUGAAAAUGCGAACCUGGGCACCGCCAUGAGGUACGAGGAGAUUGAGUUACGCAUCUUGCUCCUGUGUGGCAGUGACCUCCUGGACUCCUUCUGCAUCCCUGGCCUGUGGAAGGACAGUGAUAUGGAGGUGAUCGUAGGCGACUUUGGGAUCGUGGUGGUUCCUCGCGACGGAGCCGACACCGAGAGGAUAAUGAACCACUCGUCUGUUCUCCGCAGAUACAAGGACAACAUCAUCGUGGUGAAGGACGACAUGAACCACCCGCUGUCCAUCGUCAGCUCCACCAAGAGCAGACUGGCGCUGCAGCACGGUGACGGACACGUCGUGGAUUAUCUGACUCAGCCCGUCAUCGACUACAUCCUGCAGAGUCAGCUGUACAUCACCGCCUCGGGAUAGAGACACCGACCUGAACUGCAUGACAACAUGAAGAGAGAGAGUGUGUGUGUGUGUGUGUGUGUGGGGGGGGGGUCCAUCCAUCUACAAGCUA